GACGGAUACAUGGGUACUGGGGUACUCCGGACUGCAGUACAGGUCACGUGGGCUGGCCAGUGGUGGAAGUCCUCCGUAUGCGGUAUCCGUGCACAGCACAUAGCUACCUAGGUACCUAGGUACCUAGGCACGCGGCACGCAGCACGCAGCAGCGAGGGAACGGGCAACAGGCUAUGAGGUAAUGCGGCUUAUCUCGGCUUGCAGGGUGGCCCGAUAUACAAGAUUAGCGGGCUUUUGGCGCCUGGUUUUUGGAGGACGGAGCCUGGCGGACAAGCACAAGUGCAGGCAAGAGCGCCCACGAAGAAGCAGUGGGGUCGAGUCAAGUUGUUGCUGGAGGACGAAGCUGCCCCAACAAAGAAAAGGAGAACAAUUCUGCCGUGGUCGCACGAAAUACCACAAAGCAGUACGACUACCCACCUGCCCCUGCUGCCGUCAUCGCACCGCACGGCACGGCACCGUAUCGCAUCCAUCGCCUCGCCUCGCCUCGCCUCGCCAUCAAUCCCCGACGGCCCUCUUCUUGGCCCGGCCCUCACCUUCACCCUCACCCUCACCCUCGCCCUCGCGCUUGCCCACUGCCCACUGCCGGCUGCCCACCGCCGGCUGCCUCUCCUCUGACCUCUCGUCUUCCCAGCUCUUGCGCAGCCACCACUCCUGCUGCGUGCUCCUCCAAGCCUCCAAGCCUCGUGUCCCAAGUCAAUGGCCUGCGACAACCGUUAGCUGCAGUGUCGCGGCCUCUGCGUGGGAAGCCUUCCCCGCAUACCGGGACCGUUGCACCCCACCGCAUACCUCCCGACGACAAGACGAACACCCGGGCCCGAACUCGACUUGCAUCCUGCCCGCCCUUCCCAUCCCCAGCACGUCUUGCUGCUCCAACCAGCCGACCCUCUCUUCCCCGACAGUCCCCCAGCGCCGGGGGACCUCAGCCCCUUGCCGAGGCCCCCCUCUGCCCACCCGCACCCCGCCCCGCGUCCUCUGCCUGUCCCUCCGGCCUCUCCCAGGGGAACAGGAAUGUCUCUCGAGCGGAGCACUGCUGAUCCCACGCCCGACGAGUAUGGGCACGCCCCGACCUCCGUUGCAAAUUACCCCCACUCGACUGCCGCUGGACUGCCGGCCUCCAUCCAGUCCGCCGUCCCCAGGGCAGCGUACGCAUCCCUUCCCACCAACAUGCCCGACCAGGGCCUGUCACGUUUUGAGCGAUGGGCGACACAAGCUUCCGACUCUCAGUUCAACGCGCUGGCUGGUGCCAUAGGAGGCUUCACCUCGGGUAUAGUAACCUGCCCCCUCGACGUCAUCAAGACCAAGCUCCAGGCCCAGGGUGGAAUCAACCUGCAGAGGGGGAUCCACGUUGGUCAACCCCAGAUGUACAAGGGCCUGUUUGGCACAGCCAGCGUAAUAUGGAGAGACGAGGGUCUGCGUGGCAUGUACAGAGGCCUCGGCCCCAUAAUCAUGGGCUAUCUGCCCACUUGGGCCGUCUGGUUCACCGUCUACAACAAGAGCAAAACAGUCAUAGGCCAGCACCACAACAACACCAUCGUCGUGAAUUUCUGGUCCUCAAUCGUCGCCGGAGCCAGCAGCACUAUCGUCACAAACCCAAUCUGGGUCAUCAAGACACGCCUCAUGUCACAAUCUGGCCGGAACGGCGGGAUCCGGUUUUCUCUCUUUCCCAGAGGCGCUAACACGCCCACGGUCCGGCCGUCCCUGCCGUCACCAUGGCAUUAUCAUUCUACGCUUGACGCGGCCAGGAAGAUGUACACCACCGAGGGGCUUCGCGCGUUCUACUCUGGGCUUACUCCGGCUCUGCUGGGCUUGACUCAUGUGGCAGUGCAGUUCCCCGCCUACGAGUAUCUCAAGACAAAAUUCACGGGACAGGGGAUGGGCGCCUCGUCCGCCGAAAGCGACCCAAAGUCUCACUGGUUCGGGAUUCUCAGCGCCUCCAUACUGUCUAAGAUAAUGGCAAGCAGUGCCACUUAUCCACACGAGGUUAUACGUACACGACUUCAAACCCAACGACGGCCUAUGGCCAGCAACGGCUUGGUGAUAGACCCUGUCAGUGAGAUCCCAGGCCUGAAUCAGCCCCUGGGCCCUGCUUCCUCCGCCGCCGAGAACUUGGCCAAACAGAGACUUGAACAAGAGCAGAGCCAGCAGAAGUAUCGGGGGAUCGUCAGAACCUUCCGGACCAUCCUCAAAGAAGAGGGCUGGAGGGCCUUCUACGCCGGCAUGGGCACAAAUAUGAUGCGGGCAGUCCCGGCUGCCACGGUCACCAUGCUGACGUAUGAGUUCGUUAUGCGCGAGCUCAAUGGUGCCCGCAAGCACGGUAGGGAGAAGGCUAGGCUGAAUGGCGACCCAACCUUCGGCUGAGUCCAGCAAGCUGUGGUCCAUGACCGCCGUUAAGGCCGAUUUGCCGCGGCACGAGCCUCCGCAGCUCUUCCAAACCCAGGUCUCUGCUGGCGAGCCGGCCCCAUGGCCGUCUUAUCCGGCUGAUUGGAUAAGCAUUGAGAGAUACCAGCCUGCACUCACAUCAUCUCAACUGGUUCUAGCUGCAUCUCUGUCCAGAGGGGACUACUCGGGCUCACAUGUUGAGACAAUGUAUGCAAUGUGCCUGCCGCAUUAGUUCUUUCUGACAUGGUACAACGCCUCCUCCGAAAUCGCGGAUCGAGACGGGAGGCUCCGUUACGGCAAUAUGUGUUAGAACCACCCUCGGGUGCAUUGCCGUCGUGGCUCGCUGACAAGUUCAGAGAUCAAAUCGCCAACUUGAUGCAAAACGAAAGAAGGAGGCCGGGUGCACGCAGUCUUCCGCUUAGAGCAGCAGCAAGCAAGCAUAUGUGACAUCCCGCAUCAUUGCUUUUUGCGUUCGGCAGUAUGUUCUAGACGCAACGUUGGGUUGAGGCUUUGCACACAACAUCUUCGGGUGGCAUCCUCUCGGGAAUGCCUUGCGGAGAGGACGCCAUGAACGCUGGGUGGAACAGCUGGGUCAUCACGAAUUGGGAACGACUUUUUGUGCAAUGUUUCAAAAAUACGAUACCCCUACCAGGUCCUAGCCCUGCUUCCAAGGUCUCGCGUGCAGAAUUCUUGUAUGACAAAGAAAAACUUCUUCCUCACUUAUACACAUUGCUUCUUCUAAAAACAACAGCAGGCUGCGUGCGGAGUUGGCGGGCACUUUAAACUCACAGUAGAAAUCAAGAUUUGGGCUGAAGCAAUAUGCACGCACCUUCCCAGUGAGAUGUGAAUUUGAGUCAUCACAGACACCGCUGUACACUGUGAGGUGGACACAGGGUUACUAGCCUAGGAAGA